GUAUGGGAAUCUUAUAAGUUCUGCAUAGGCCACCCCUUCCCCAUAGGGCGGAGGGAAGCUCAUCAGUGGGGCCACGAGCUGAGUGCGUCCUGUCACUCAAUGCCUAUGUCCCUUGGGAAGGUCUGAGACUAGGGCCAGAGGCGGCCCUAACAGGGCUCUCCCUGAGUUUCGGGGAGGUGAGUUCCCAGAGAACGGGUCUCCGCGCGAGGGUCAGACUGGGCAGGAGAUGCCGUGGACCCCGCCUUUCGGGGAGGGACCCGGCGGAUGCCUCCUUUGCCGGAGCUUGGAACAGACUCACGGCCAGCGAAGCGAGUUCAAUGGCUGAGGUGAGGUACCCCGAACGGGGACCUCAUAACCCAAUUCAGACUACUCUCCCCCGCCCUCUUUUGAAGAAAAACCGAGUGGCGGCGGUAAGGCGAGAGGUUGAAGAUGAAAUCCACUGAGGAUGAAAGGCCUGGGUCUUCGGCACCCUAUGUGCCAGUCCAGAAUUGGUCCAUCUACAGACCCCCUGAAAAUCAACUGGGCUUGGAUUUGGACAUUCUCAAUAGAAAGGGUUAAAGGCUGAUGGGACCUAAAGCCUGAGAUGAUCUUAGGUAAUUGAUAGAUCCUGUGGUUCAACUUGGUUUCUAGAUAGAAGCUGGAUUCAUGUGAUGCCAGAUAAGUAAAAUUUCAAGAGACCAAAACCAGAUCUGAGUCUCCCUGUUCCAUUCUGGACCUCUUUGGUGCUGUAAAUCCUGGAUAUACAGUAGACGAUUACUGCAUUUUAUGGUUUUGGGAUACAUGGAGGUGCCAGAUGUUCAAUUAGAGCUGUCACACCGUUUCUGGGAACUUGUGAUUUUUAGAAAGCCCGAGCGGUCCUCGGCAACUCUCCACAGCCUGGCAGGUCCCAGGAUGCUUCGGGGCAACCCCGCGCUUGCGUGCUCUGGCGUAGUUCCCUGACGCCCUCCCGCGCAGAGAAUCCUGGAAUCUUCGCUUGUGGCGCUGCGGCGGACUCUCUUUAGCUUCUGGAGACCUCACUAUCCUAUUAUGUCUUUGUGUGAAGAUAUGCUGCUUUGUAAUUAUCGAAAGUGUCGCAUCAAACUCUCUGGCUAUGCAUGGGUCACUGCCUGUUCUCACAUCUUCUGUGAUCAGCAUGGCAGUGGUGAGUUUAGUCGCUCACCAGCUAUCUGUCCUGCCUGCAACAGUACCCUUUCUGGAAAGCUAGAUAUUGUCCGCACAGAACUCAGUCCGUCAGAGGAAUAUAAAGCUAUGGUAUUGGCAGGACUGCGACCAGAGAUCGUGUUGGACAUUAGCUCCCGAGCACUGGCCUUCUGGACAUACCAGGUACAUCAGGAACGUCUCUAUCAAGAAUACAAUUUCAGCAAGGCUGAGGGCCAUCUGAAACAGAUGGAGAAGAUAUAUACUCAGCAAAUACAAAGCAAGGAUGUAGAAUUGACCUCUAUGAAAGGGGAGGUCACCUCCAUGAAGAAAGUGCUAGAAGAAUACAAAAAAAAGUUCAGUGACAUCUCUGAGAAACUUAUGGAGCGCAAUCGUCAGUAUCAAAAGCUCCAAGGCCUCUAUGAUAGCCUUAGGCUACGAAACAUCACUAUUGCUAACCAUGAAGGCACCCUUGAACCAUCCAUGAUUGCACAGUCUGGUGUUUUUGGCUUCCCAUUAGGUAACAACUCCAAGUUUCCUUUGGAUAGAUCACCUGUUCGAAAUCGGGGAGAUGGAGAUGGAGAUUUUCAGUUCAGACCAUUUUUUGUAGGUUCUCCCACAGCACCUGAACCCAGCAACAGCUUUUUUAGUUUUGCCUCUCCAAGUCGUGAAUUAGAGCACCAGCAAGUUUCUAGCAGGGCCUUCAAAGUAAAAAGAAUUUGAUCCAGUUAUGGUUUCACACACCUGUGAUCCCAGCUGCUUAGGGGGCUGAGGCUGGGAAGAUCACUUGAGCCCAGGAGUCUAAGGCUAUAGUGAUCUAAGAUCAUGCCACUGCACUCCAGCUUAAGCAACAGAAUGAGACCCUGUUUCUUAAAAAAAAAAAAAAAGUGAAAGGUAAUUUAGCCAACUUUACAGAAUGUUUCUAUGUUCACCUUCAGUGAUUUCAUUUAGCAAAUCCUUUUUCUAGAUAGAGACUCCCGAAGCCUCCCUGAGCUUUUAAGUCUCUGAAGUUGUCUUCACAUUAUCAACAUAACCAACUCAUCAGUGGGGAGUGGUUUAGAGUCUGGUCUCUUUGUUUCUAUUAUUUAAAGCAUGAGCAUUUUAUUAAUCUCAAUUCCAUUGUGAACUGCUGAAUUUUCAUCCCUAGUGAGAAGGUUACAAUAGCAUUUGUUUCAAUGGAUAACUGUUUCUUUAUGGGCGGUUUCUGACUGAGCUGUGUUGUUUAUGCCUUAAGUACCUGUGUUAUAUGCUACAUGUCACUUUGAAUUCUGCUGUUUAUACAUGUCUAUAUAUGUAAGCAUAUUAAUUUCCAGUGUUAUUUUGCUGUAUUUGCCAGUAUGUUUAUAUGAAAAUUUUGGUCUUGGAAAAUGGUGGGUGCUAUGUGGCUUGUUAUUUGGGUAUGUGUAUUUAUUUGUAUAUAUUUAUGUAUUUACCUUUAUAUUAACUUGUUUGGAGGUAUGCUUAUGUCAGUGUAUGAGAGUACAAUUUGAUACAUGUAUGUUCAGUCCCCAUUUGUAUUUAAGAAUAACUCACACUGCUAAAGUUAUUUUUUAAAGUUGAUUUUUUUGGCGUUUAUGGUUGGCCCUCUGUCCACAUGUUCUGCAUCUGCAAAUUUAGACAACCAUCUAUCAAAAAUAUUCAAGAAAAAAAAAUAAUCUAACAUAAAAAAUACAAAUUAAAAACCAAUACUGUAAAACAACUAUUUGGAUAGCAUUUACAUAGUAGGUAUUAUCAAUAAUUUAGAGGUGAUUUAAAGUAUUUGGGAGAGUCUGUAGGUUAUAUGCAAAUAUGAUGCUAUUUUAUAAAAGCGACAUGAGCGUCCAAGGAUUUUGGUAUCCAUGAGGGUUCCUGGAACCAGUCCCCCAGAGAUACCAAAGGACACUAUUUUAAAAUAAAGCUACUUCUCUACCUUUUUGUCAACUGUUGCCUUGGGUUUACUUAUUUAGGAAUGCACUUCUGCCGAAAGUUUACCAACGUGUUACUGCUCUCAAGAGACUGUAUUAAAAUAAUUUAAAAGAUUA